GCGGCACAAACAACAACAACAACAACAACACGAGCCAGACGUGUUGCUUGGCUUUGGCUUUACUGCUGUUGGCUUUGCUUCUGUUGGCUUGUUGGGUGCCACAUCACACAACAUCACACCACACCACACACGCACACACACAUACACAUACACCUACACACAAACGAACGAACCUUUCUUCACUGUCUUGCUUGUAUUUACCGUCUUGCUGGCGAAGAAAGGGAAGAAGUCACCUUACUCAAACCAAGCAAGGCACCACCAAGCAGACGAAACCCUGUUGAUCCGUUCAAGCAGUUGUUGGAGUGAGCGCCUUCCUUGCUGGUUGUGUUGCUUCUGUGAGCAUUUUCAAGUGCAGCAUUACUGAUUUGAUCCAUCUACCAUCAACCAACGGCAGUGACACAGUCACCACCACCGCCACCGGCAAUUUGCAUCGGAGAAGAGCCCACUUUCAGAUCUGGAGCGAGCAGCCAAGCUGUCCUCCACCAUGGGAUGCUGUUCAAGUGCACAUGUUGAUGCCAACACGCUCGUGACAUCGCGGCCAACGAGCACUCAAGCUUUGAGAAGUUUGCCCCAACAACAACAACAACAACAACAACAACAACAACAACAACAACAACAACAACAACAACAACAACAACAACAACAACAACAACAACAACAACAACAACCAUCGGAUGCACCCUUGACCAGAAGUCAAGUGCUGGCGAAACGAAAAGAGUUCUGGCACACGGCGCCAGCAUAUGGCGGGCGACAGGAGGUGUGGGAUGCACUCAAGGCGGCGUGCGAGACAGACGACACGGCGCUAGUGCAUGCCAUCAUCGAAAGCGCGGGCAUCAAGCUGCCAAAUGGGACACUGCAGGUGGCCUAUGAUGAACUGGGCAACAAGUAUGAUAUCCCACCGUAUUGCUAUUCUUUCCCGUCAAACAUGAUUGAGGACAAUGACGAAACAAAGUUGGAUGCAGCCGCUGCCGCUGCACAUGGCAACGGUGCGAGCAGCAGUUCCAAGCCCGCCACGCCUGUGUCAGGGAAUGGCACCAGUGCGGAUACAGCGACAGUGAAUGCCGCCGACAAAGUAGCGUCCUCCGCAGAGCGCGCAACAUCAGACAGCGAACGGAGCGAUGUGCAAAAGGUUCGAGUGCUGCUGAGCAGCGGAACAAAAGUCACUGUGGAAGUCGCCCCUGAAGAUACGGUGGAGUGUGUGCGCCAGCAGCUGGAGGCGAUCGGCAGCGCUGCUGCGAAUCGGGUGCUGAUUGUGUUCUUGGGCAAACCCGUGCCGGCGUCGUGGCGAAUAUGCGAUCUCAAUCUCCAUCGCAGUGAUGUGCUGCAGGCGUUCGUCUUCCCCGGUGACGCCUGAUGGUGCACACACACACACACACACACACA